AGCUCGGAUCCCGCAGCAGCAGCAGCAGCACCACCAUGUCUGGCAGAGGCAAGGGCGGGAAGGGGCUCGGCAAGGGGGGCGCCAAGCGGCACCGCAAGGUGCUGCGCGACAACAUCCAGGGCAUCACCAAGCCGGCCAUCCGGCGCCUGGCGCGGCGCGGCGGCGUCAAGCGCAUCUCGGGGCUCAUCUACGAGGAGACGCGCGGCGUGCUCAAGGUGUUCCUGGAGAACGUGAUCCGCGACGCUGUCACCUACACCGAGCACGCCAAGCGCAAGACGGUCACGGCCAUGGACGUGGUCUACGCCCUCAAGCGCCAGGGACGCACCCUCUACGGCUUCGGCGGUUAAAGUAAAAGACAUAGGCAGCUCUCGGACCCUCUCGAAAUACCCCAAAGGCUCUUUUAAGAGCCGCCCACCUUUUCUUCAGAAAGAGCAGUGACACUGUAUGUGUUUUUUGAAGGGGCUGUUUGCUGAAGCGUUUCUUACUUCCCAGUAUCUUUGCAUUGACAGUUACUGUUUCUGAAGAGCUUAUGAUAAUGGUGGUUUCAUGUUUCCCUUUCCCAACAUUAAUAGCAAAGUUGCUUGUGCUGUGAACGUUUUUUUUUUUCUUUUUUUUUCCAAUUUCUCUGUGAUUGCUGAGCAUGCCGCUAAAAUUUAGUGUACUUUAUGAGCAACUCAAUGAUUUCCUGAUCACUUUUUUUCAUUUUCACAGAGCUAUGCAUAAUCUGCAAUACUUUUCAAUGUAUUAAUCCUUAGAUUUUUUUUUUGUAUCUGAGUAUAGAUAUCUACAUUUAGACAAAAAGGGGAACUCAUGAAAAAGACAUGGAAGUUCCUCCCAUAUGAAUGUUUUCUUUUUCAUAAUAUUUCUAAAUAAAUUUUAAC